CAUUUUUCAGAUUAUUAAGUUAAACAAAGUGAUUAUAUUACUGAAGGAGAACAAUUCAUUCAACUAGACAUCAUGGCGUCUGCAAGUGGUGGCAGUGCCAAGAAGAAAAAGAACAUCCGAUAUUCGGAGAUGAAACAGCCACCAUUGAUCAAACAGCUGAAAGGAAUUUUAUCUGAAUACCCAGAUGGUGGUCAAAUACUGAAGGAGUUGAUACAAAAUGCAGAGGACGCUGGUGCCAGAGAAGUUAGAAUUCUUCAUGAUAAAAGGAGAAUAAACCAAAAUACCAGCAGUCAAUGUGAGACCACUCCAAUUGAUACAAAAUUCUUUAAGGGCCCAGCACUUUGUGUGUACAAUGAUGCAGUGUUCUCAGAGAAUGACUGGGAAGGUAUACAAAUGAUAUAUAGCAGUAACAAAGAAGAAGACCCACUGAAAGUGGGACGGUUUGGUCUGGGAUUCAAAUCUGUCUUUCACAUAACAGACUUUCCUUGUGUCAUAAGUGGUGGUACAGUACUUCUGAUAAACCCCCAGAAAUCUGGAAAAAAAGUAAAUAUUUCACUAGACCUGUGUACGCUUGAGGAAUAUGAGGAAGAGGGACUAGAUGCAGAAGCAUUUUGGGAAGCCUUAGAGGAUACAUUUGGUCUUUGUAGACAAACUCUGCCAGAAGAUGGCUUUCAAGGUACCAUAUUUUGGUUCCCACUUCGUGAAAACCCUUCCGUUCUCUCAGAAACUUUGUACAAUGAAAGUAAGGUUAAAAAUCUAUUCGAUUCAUUUGCAUCGGAUGCAUCAAACAUAUUACUGUUCCUUAAAGAUAUUGAGAAAAUAUCAUUGCAUACCAGGGAUGAAGACAGAAAAAUAAGUGAAACUCUCCUAUUGGAAAUUGAGGACAAAGAUGGUGCUGUUAGACGUUCCCGACAAGCUUUUAAGGACCAAAUUCAGACUCAAAAUAUAUCACCUGAGUGUCCAGAUAUACAUUCUACAAUACACCUUGUAAUACACAUGUUGCAUGGUGAUAAAGAAGAGCAUCAGGAAUGGCUGGUUGUAAACUACUUUGUAAACGAAAGUGCAUCAGCUGGUUUCCGAGAAUUGAUACAAGAUAAAAACCUAGGAUACAGCCCCUAUGUCGGCGUUGCAACAUCUCUUACAGAAAUUGAAGACGACUUUGAGGGACAUGUUUUUUGUUUCUUGCCUUUGCCAAAGGAAGGUGAGCGGCUGACUGGGUUACCUGUGCAUGUAAAUGGUUUCUUUGCACUCAGCCAAAACCGACACCAUAUGAAAUGGGAGACCGAGGAACAAGAGGGAAAGCCAAUAGAUGACAAGUCAAUUCUUUGGAAUAAAGCUCUGAUUCAGGAAGCCCUUCCAAAAGCAUAUGACUUACUUGUCCUGGAAAUUAUAGAAGUUUCAAAGAAUAAUUCAAAUGAUGAAAUAUCUGUUAAGGCCGUAUAUAACACAUUGCCAACAUGUAAAUCAUCACCAAGAAAGACCCACAAGAGAUGGAUGGAGUUAGAAAAUAAACUUUAUGAAUAUCUUGGUAAAAGAGAAAUUUUAUAUGCAAUGCACACAAGGGAAUGGAUCGACUUGAGAAGAGCAUUCUUUGCAACAUUUAAGACAUUGUCAAGUAAUGAAGGUGAUGUUGCACUGCAGGAAUCUGUUGUAAGAUGUUUCAAGAAAAUAGGCGUCCAGUAUGUUGACAUUCCAUUUUCCUUGUUUGACACCUUGCAAUCACAUUUUCCAUACAUAAAAGAUCUCACCCCAGAAUCAUUAGCUUUGCAACUGAAACAACAACAACACUAUAAGGAUUUGACACACAAGGACAAAAUAAAUAUCUUAGGCUAUUUACUAAGAAAUGAAGUCAAUCUUCAAGACCUUGAGUUAUUACCCCUGGCCUCUGACAAGUGGAUUGAAUUCAGGAAAGGAAGUCAGCCCAUUUAUCUUUGUUCUGAUGCAGCCGUGAAGAUGUUUCCAGGCCAAGAGAAUAGAAUGGUCAUGGAAUCUGCAAAACUUGGAGCACAGCUGACAGAAUUCAUUGAAAAAAUAUGUAAUUCAGGUAAAGUUACCCUUUAUUAUCCAUAGUAUAUGUUACAUAGUUUAAGUUGUUGACUUCAAAUCACAUCCCUGUUAUUGCUGUGGGUUCAAAUUCUGUCUGGUACUUCUUUCAUGUGAGGAAGCUAUCCAGCUAUCUUACAUAAUAUUGGUGGUGUUUCUUAGGUGCCAGUUUGUGCCUGAAAUGAAGCCUUCCUCCACAUUUAAAGCUAGAAAGUCGCCAUAUGACCUAUACUCUGUUGGUGCGACUUCCAACAAUGAAAACAGGAAAAAGACAGGUUGAGUUAAACCACCAUCCUAGUGAGCACUAUAUUUAGGAUCUGAAAUUAUAACAAUAAAGGUCAGUUGUAUGCCUUAAAGGACAGCUGCAUGCAAAAUGUAAACGAAAUUUACGAUACUGUUUACGA